UGAUGCAAUUGUUAAGCAGCUUUUGGCUCUGCAAAUUAAUGCUGAGAAAUACUUUUUUGGCAUAAGGAAGAGCCUGGUAGAGUUCGAUGAAGUGCUGGAGGUGCAAAGAAAACAUGUUUAUGACCUUAGGCAAUUAAUUUUAACAGGUGAUUCCGAAAGUUGUUCACAACACAUAUUCCAGUACAUGCAAGCUGUUGUAGAUGAAAUCAUUUUUGGAAAUGUUGAUCCACUGAAGCAUCCAAGCAAGUGGAAUUUGGGAAAGCUCUUGAAGGAGUUCAAUGGAAUUUCAGGGAAGAUAUUGAAUGAGGUAGCUUUACGGGAAUCCCUCACACAGCUUCAUGAGUUAAGUUCUGUAAGUAUUAACGAUUUUCACCUUCCAAACUUGCCCUCACCUCCAAAUGCCUUCAGAGGAAUAUGUAGGAAGAGCUCCUCAUUGAAACAUUGGCUUGCCGUAUGCUCAGAUGAUUCAGCUAAAGAUGGAAAGUACCGACCAACUGUUAAUCUUCUCCGCAAGUACCUUGGAGAUUUUAUAAUUGCUUCAUAUUUGGAUGUUGUACAAGAAUCUGGGUAUGAUGAUGCAUAUAUGAAGGAAAUAGAGAGGGCAGUUCUUGUGAAAACUCUAGAUUGUUUCUGGAGGGAUCAUCUUGUCAACAUGAACAGGCUCAGUUCGGCAGUAUAG